UCCGAGACGACAGAGGAACAGGUUUCCUCCGCCCCGCAAGGCACACAGCCUGCCCCAUUAAUACAUGUGGAAGGGGAAAGAGACUGAAUGGAGGAAUGAAUACAACUUGAUCCAGGUAGUGCUUCGAAAGCGGCCGCUGUACCUGUGAACCUCUCUGCCUGACAAGCGGCCAAUGUACGGAAUCAACUACCAAGAUGGCGGCGCCCUCGAAGAAUCCGCAAUUAGGUCGCCGCCAUGUGUCGCCUAGGAACGUACGGAAUUCGACCCACGUACGGAAUCAGAUUCCAAGAUGACGGCAUCUAUGAGGAAGUCACGCAGUAGGUGCAGCCAUGUUGCCUGUACGUCGAGGCCGUACAAGCAGCCGCCGUACGGACUCUACUGACAAGGUGGCGGCGCCCUCGGGAAAGCCACAAUGUGAGCGCGGCCAUGUUCCCGGUGAACGUAUGGAUUAGGCCACCAUACGGAUACGAUAAUCAAGAUGGCGGCGCCUGAGGGGUCUUCGGGGCUCUAGGCGGGCGACCUACUGGUUUGAGGCGGAGACGACGCACGGGGCCUGCGCAAUAGGAGUACGCUGCCUGGGAGGCGUGACUAGAAGCGGAAGUAGUUGUGGGCGCCUUUGCAACCGCCUGGGACACCGCUGAGCGGUCUGUGAAGGUUCGCGGGUCGCUGGCGGGGGUCGUGAGGGAGUGCGCCGGGAGCGGAGAUAUGGAGGGAGAUGGUUCAGACCCAGAGCCUCCAGAUGCCGGGGAGGACAGCAAGUCGGAGAAUGGGGAGAAUGCGCCCAUCUACUGCAUCUGCCGCAAACCGGACAUCAACUGCUUCAUGAUUGGGUGUGACAACUGCAAUGAGUGGUUCCAUGGGGACUGCAUCCGGAUCACUGAGAAGAUGGCCAAGGCCAUCCGUGAGUGGUACUGUCGGGAGUGCAGAGAGAAAGACCCCAAACUAGAGAUUCGCUAUCGGCACAAGAAGUCACGGGAUCGGGAUGGCAAUGAGCGGGACAGCAGUGAGCCCCGGGAUGAGGGUGGAGGGCGCAAGAGGCCUGUCCCCGAUCCAGACCUGCAGCGCCGGGCAGGGUCAGGGACAGGGGUUGGGGCCAUGCUUGCUCGGGGCUCUGCUUCGCCCCACAAAUCCUCUCCUCAGCCCUUGGUGGCCACACCCAGCCAGCAUCACCAACAGCAGCAGCAGCAGAUCAAACGGUCAGCCCGCAUGUGUGGUGAGUGUGAGGCAUGUCGGCGCACUGAGGACUGUGGUCACUGUGACUUCUGUCGGGACAUGAAGAAGUUUGGGGGCCCCAACAAGAUCCGGCAGAAGUGCCGGCUGCGCCAGUGCCAGCUGCGGGCCCGGGAAUCGUACAAGUACUUCCCUUCCUCGCUCUCACCAGUGACGCCCUCAGAGUCCCUGCCAAGGCCCCGCCGGCCACUGCCCACCCAACAGCAGCCACAGCCAUCACAGAAGUUAGGGCGCAUCCGUGAAGAUGAGGGGGCAGUGGCGUCAUCAGCAGUCAAGGAGCCUCCUGAGGCUACAGCCACGCCUGAGCCACUCUCAGAUGAGGACCUACCUCUGGAUCCUGACCUGUAUCAGGACUUCUGUGCAGGGGCCUUUGAUGACCACGGCCUGCCCUGGAUGAGCGACACAGAAGAGUCCCCAUUCCUGGACCCCGCGCUGCGGAAGAGGGCAGUGAAAGUGAAGCAUGUGAAGCGUCGGGAGAAGAAGUCUGAGAAGAAGGUGAUGGAGAGGAAGGAGGAGCGAUACAGGCGGCAUCGGCAGAAGCAGAAGCACAAGGAUAAAUGGAAACACCCAGAGAGGGCUGAUGCCAAGGACCCUGCGUCGCUGCCCCAGUGCCUGGGGCCCGGCUGUGUGCGCGCCGCCCAGCCCAGCUCCAAGUAUUGCUCAGAUGAUUGUGGCAUGAAGCUGGCAGCCAACCGCAUCUAUGAGAUCCUCCCCCAGCGCAUCCAGCAGUGGCAGCAGAGCCCUUGCAUUGCUGAAGAGCAUGGCAAGAAGCUGCUCGAACGCAUUCGCCGAGAGCAGCAGAGUGCCCGCACUCGCCUUCAGGAAAUGGAACGCCGAUUCCAUGAGCUUGAGGCCAUCAUUCAACGUGCCAAGCAGCAGGCUGUGCGCGAGGAUGAGGAGAGCAACGAGGGUGACAGUGAUGACACAGACCUGCAGAUCUUCUGUGUUUCCUGUGGGCACCCCAUCAACCCACGUGUUGCCUUGCGCCACAUGGAGCGCUGCUAUGCCAAGUAUGAGAGCCAGACGUCCUUUGGGUCCAUGUACCCCACACGCAUUGAAGGGGCCACACGACUCUUCUGUGAUGUGUAUAAUCCUCAGAGCAAAACAUACUGUAAGCGGCUCCAGGUGCUGUGCCCCGAGCACUCACGGGACCCCAAAGUAAGGUUUUCCCUCAGCUCCUCCCAUUUUGCCCCUCCUCCCUGCCUCGCUGUCCCACAUUCAUCCCUUCCUUCCUCACCUCACCUUUCCUUCACUUUUUCCUCUCACCUUCCCUGCUGCUUCACCCUCCAUUCCUCCUUUCCCAUGCCUCCUCACCGUUCCCUGAACCCUCCAUUCUUUUCCUUCUCCCUCCUUGAGCCCCCAUUCCUAUUCUCCCUUAUCACCGCUAUUCAUCCCCCCAACCCGGCCUCCUUGCAGGUGCCAGCUGACGAGGUAUGCGGGUGCCCCCUUGUACGUGAUGUCUUUGAGCUCACGGGUGACUUCUGCCGCCUGCCCAAGCGCCAGUGCAAUCGCCAUUACUGCUGGGAGAAGCUGCGGCGUGCGGAAGUGGACUUGGAGCGCGUGCGUGUGUGGUACAAGCUGGACGAGCUGUUUGAGCAGGAGCGCAAUGUGCGCACAGCCAUGACAAACCGCGCGGGAUUGCUGGCCCUGAUGCUGCACCAGACGAUCCAGCACGAUCCCCUCACUACCGACCUGCGCUCCAGUGCCGACCGCUGAGCCUCCUGUCCCGGACCCCUCACACCCUGCAUUCCAGAUGGGGGAGCCGCCCGGUGCCCGUGUGUCCGUUCCUCCACUCAUCUGUUUCUCCGGUUCUCCCUGUGCCCAUCCACCGGUUGACCGCCCAUCUGCCUUUAUCAGAGGGUUUGUCCCUGUCGACAUGUUCAGUGCCUGGUGGGGCUGCGGAGUCCACUCAUCCUUGCCUCCUCUCCCUGGGUUUUGUUAAUAAAAUUUUGAAGAAACCAAG